AUGGCGGCUGCUAGGAUUGGACGCAUUGUCUUUGAAUUAUUUGCUGAUGUUGUACCUAAAACUGCUGAAAAUUUCCGUGCGUUAUGUACAGGAGAGAAAGGAACAGGGCCUACCACUGGAAAACCUCUCCAUUAUAAAGGAUGUCCUUUCCACAGAAUUAUUAAGCAAUUCAUGGUCCAGGGUGGAGAUUUCUCAAACCAAAAUGGUACAGGUGGAGAAAGUAUAUAUGGUGAAAAAUUUGAAGAUGAAAACUUUCAUUAUAAGCAUGAUAAACCAGGGCUGCUGAGCAUGGCAAAUGCAGGACCCGGUACUAAUGGCUCUCAGUUCUUUAUUACAACGGUGCCUACUUCUCACCUGGAUGGGAAACAUGUGGUGUUUGGCCAAGUGAUCAAAGGAAUGGGUGUAGUUAAAAUAUUAGAAAACGUUGAAGUAAAAGGAGAAAGUCCUGCUAAGUUGUGCGUCAUUGCAGAAUGUGGAGAGCUAAAGGAAGGAGAUGAUUGGGGAAUUGUUCCCCAGGAUGGAUCUGGAGAUGCUCAUCCAGAUUUUCCUGAAGAUUCAGAUAUAGACUUGAAAGAUGUUGACAAGAUUGUGGCCAUAGCAGAAGACAUAAAGAAUAUAGGAAAUACUUUCUUCAAAUCGCAAAAUUGGGCAGUGGCAGCUAAAAAGUAUAGUAAAAGUUUACGGUAUGUAGAAGCUUCUGAAGCAGCGGCAGAGGAGGCAGACAAACCAAAGUUAAAGGCUGUUGCUUUGACCUGCAUUUUAAACAUUGGCGCUUGUAAACUAAAACUGUCGGAUUGGCAGGGAGCCAUCGAAAGUUGUUCAGAGGCUCUUAAAAUAGAUCCGGCAAAUACUAAAGCUCUCUACAGACGGGCUCAAGGAUGGCAGGGAAUAAAAGAUCUCGAUCAGGCAUUGGCUGAUCUUAAAAAGGCUCAUGAAAUAGCCCCGGAAGACAAAGCUAUCCAGACGGAAACACUCAGAAUCAAACAGAAGAUAAAAGCCCAAAAGGAGAAAGAGAAGGCAGCUUAUGCUAAAAUGUUUGCUUGAUUUUUUUCUAAACUUUUAAAUCUAUGCACGAACUCAUGCAAAAGGAUAAAUGGAGCUGCUUCUUUCAUUUGCCCUGUACUGCAGUUUUCGGUGUUUACAACUCAAAAAUCUAAUAAUAAAGACAAACUGUUCAAAGG